UUAGGGCGAGUCCUCUCAUCUAUCUGAAUUACCGGGGGGGAAGCAUUACCCUCUAAUAUCUAUGAUUCAUCCCCUCGAUCCCACAACCUAUAAAGCAAGCCCUCCCACCGUAUUUCAAUGUGAACUAGGUUUUGCCCACAGGUACUCUCCAAUGGCGUAAUUAUAUUCCAUUUGUAUGUGAGAUAAUUAUCAUCCUUUUCUGUUCUUCCAUUAUAUCAGUUCAAGGAAUGCCUGACUGUCUGUGUAAUGCGUUUGGCGGUGAAUUUGGCAAGAACUAUUGCACCACAUAAAUUGGGAAUGAAUUUACAUGGAGAUACUACUUCUAUGGCUAGAAGAAAGCUCUUAUUGCUUCUCAAGCCCCUCGACGUUUACUCUCUUCGCCAUUCUGCUUCUUUUUCUGAACUUGCUAAUUCUAAGAUGUUACGCCAUUUGGAUAAUAGAAUUCAGGUUCACAAAGAUGCUAUAAACUUUUGUCAAGAAGUCCUGCAACGGAAGUCAAUUGAUUGUGAAACUCUAUUUCAUAAUGAACUGUCUCGCCCAAUCCGAAAUGUGGAUUUGGUUGUGACUGUUGGAGGUGAUGGAACUCUGUUGCAAGCUAGUCACUUUAUGGAUGACAGCAUUCCAGUUGUAGGAGUAAAUUCAGAUCCCACACAGGUUGAAGAGGUGGAAAAGUUUAAAGAUGAAUUUGAUGCUACUAGAAGUGCAGGCUAUCUUUGUGCAGCUACAGUUAAAAAUUUUGAACAGGUAUUAGAUGAGAUUCUCAAUAAACAAGCUAAACCUUCUGAAAUAUCUAGAAUAGCCAUUCGUGUGAACUCAAAGUUAUUACAGAUGCACGCUCUAAAUGACAUUCUGAUUGCGCAUCCAUGUCCUGCGGCAUUGUCGCGAUUUUCAUUUAGGCUCAAAAGCAAUGGCGACUCACGCAACUCAUUAGUAAAUUGCCGAUCAAGUGGUUUGAGAGUCUCUACAGCUGCUGGAUCAACAGCUGCUAUGCUUUCCGCUGGUGGCUUCUUGAUGCCCUUAUUAUCGAAGGACCUCCAGUACAUGGUGAGAGAACCCAUUCUACCGAGUGGUGCAAACGCUAGCAUAAUGCAUGGUUGGGUAAAAGCUGAUAAGACAAUGGAAAUUGCUUGGUCUACCCAUGAAGGUUUCGCAUAUAUAGAUGGUUGUUACGUUAAACAUCCUGUUAAGAAAGGGGACAUCAUUGAAUUAUCAUCAAACGCCCCCGCUCUGAAGAUUUUCCUUCCACCUCACUUGUUAUCUGCUAGUGAUCCUGCAAAACUGUGAGGAACUUUUCUUUGAACAAAAAUAAAGUAUUUAUCCCGGGACUUAAAUUUGUUGGAACGGAUUUUUUUGAUGUUUGUACAUAAUUUUAACAUUAUUGUUUUGGGACUAGAUUUUCAAAUGAUUCAUUUGAUUUACCUACUUGUUAGUUUUUAUGGUGGUUGUACGUUACCCGAGGAUAGAUUGUAUGAGAAUCGGAGAUGAACUUAUUUUUACCUCUGUUUUGAAUACAGGCAUCCUAUAAGAUUGGGAUAUAUGUACUUAAUCUUAUCCUUGUAACAUGAACUUAAUAGAUUGAGUUUCACAAGCUUUCAUUUCG